AUCACAGCGCAAGACUCAGUGUAUCAGACACGUGUCCCCGGUACAAGAAGAGCAGCAACAGCAGAGUCGAUGCCCAGGGCGGGCGGUGGGUCCGUGGGGAGCGCAUGGGGCUCGGCUCAGUGGGGUUUCCCAGCCACACACCCACUCAGGACAGCGGGACACUAGUGAACGCAACUUUCCUGCACUGACUGUGGCUGUAGAGAGCGCAUGCGCAGAGUCAAGUUCAAACAUCUGGGGGAGAGGGGGAACCCCCAUGAGCCUGGAUAUAUUUGUUGCUGGGAACUGAGCCUGACACGGCCGCACCCCCUCUAAUUAACAUGGUGGACCGGGGACCCAUCCUGACAUCUGCCAUCAUCUUCUACCUGUCCAUUGGGGCUGCCAUAUUCCAGGUGCUGGAGGAACCCAACUGGAAAGCGGCCACCCAGCUCUACAAGGAGAACAGGGUGAAGAUUCUGGCCAAGCACUCCUGCCUCACCCCUAAGGACCUGGAAGAAAUCCUGGAGACUGUAUCUAAUGCUGCGGGGCAAGGGGUGACCAUCACGGGGAACACUACAUUUAACAACUGGAACUGGCCCAACGCGGUCAUAUUCGCAGCUACAGUCAUCACGACUAUAGGUUAUGGGAAUAUUGCCCCAAAGACAUCUGCUGGGCGCCUCUUCUGUAUAUUCUAUGGCCUGUUUGGCGUGCCCCUCUGCCUGACAUGGAUCAGCGCCCUGGGAAAGUUUUUCGGAGGACGUGCAAAGAGGCUGGGGCAGUUCCUCACCAAAAGAGGUGUCUCCUUGAGGAAGGCACAGAUCACCUGCACAGCCAUCUUCAUUAUCUGGGGGGUUUUGAUCCAUUUGGUUAUCCCACCUUUCAUCUUCAUGAGAACAGAAGGUUGGGAUUAUAUUGAAGGUCUCUAUUUCUCCUUCAUCACUAUCACCACCAUCGGGUUUGGAGACUAUGUGGCAGGUGUGAAUCCCAAGGUGAACUACAAUGUUCUGUAUCGCUAUUUUGUGGAGAUCUGGAUCUACCUGGGCCUGGCCUGGCUGUCUCUCUUUGUCAACUGGAAGGUUAGCAUGUUCUUGGAGGUGCACAAAGCAAUAAAGAAGAGAAGGAAGAGGCGGAAAGAGUCCUUUGAGAAUGAUCCGCAGAUGAAGCAAACCAAGGCCAUGCCAAUGACCAACCCAAAGGAUGUCAAUAUUUUCAGUUUCCUUUCUAAGAAGGAAGAGACCUACAAUGAUCUGAUUAAACAGAUUGGCAAAAAUGGUUUAAAGGACAGUCAUGGAAAAAUACUGAAUGGUGAUGUGGAGACCAACGGUACUGUGACCAACAAAGGAAGAGACCUCAUGGUGAUGUACAGCAAGCGUAACGGUAUGGGCUACAAUGAAGUCAAGUUUUCAGACAGCCGCCAGAAAGAGACCAUGACAAAGCCCUUUCAGGACAAAGACACAGCCAUUCUUAUAAACCAGCUGGACCGCAUCAGUGAAGAGGAGGGAGACACGUGGGACUCCAAAGACUACAAACCAUUCAUCUUCCAAAAUGCCAACAUCACUUUUGUGAAUGAGGAAGAGUGCAACAGCACCGAGGAUGAGGCAAAAUCAAAGACUUCCUAUGAGGAUAAUAUGGGCGAGCCGCAGACUCCAAUGCAGAUGGAUGAAUUGUCUUCCUUUUCCAGCAAUGAUGCCGAAGCAUCCAUUCCAUACGAGCAGCUCCUCAACAACUAUAAUACAGUGCAUAGCGACAAAUCAGUGACGUGACCCAAUUCUGGCCCGUGCUGGGAAACAAUUUAUUGUAAUGUCUUUAAACUGAGUUUUAUUUUUAUAAUUGGAACCAUUGGACAAACAAGAUGACCGCCAAUGGAAUUUACUCUCUCUGGACCUAUUUCUGGGGAACCAGCUGUCUUUGAACUCUUCUUACACUGGACUAAAUAAUAAAGGAGAAAGCAGCGCAUCUUCCCUUCAGCCCUACGGGGAUUCUUCCACCAGCAUAGUCUACACCCAAAACAUGAGAAUUCUCCACCCAAUUUCUGCUGGUGCCUCACCAGAUCAAGUUUUUAUUUCCUUGAUGAAGAUACUUGAAACUUAGAGACUAUGGAACUUUUCUGUAUGUAUAGAUGUAUAUUUUUGACUCAGUAUUCCGGCUUCAUAUUGGAUGUAUGUGCCAUAUUUAAUUUCUGAGACUUAUAUGUGGCGCUAGAAGUGGGCAGCAUUCUUAUUUCUCCCCCUCGCCCACUUGUGGCCUUUGCACAAUUGGUACUUUAGGUUAAACUUGAACCUGGCAUCUAGAGUAUGGUGCGCCUUCAACAUUGUAAUCUAGAACUUGAUGUCUAGACCAUUGCAGUCUAGAUUUUAGUGCCUUAUAACACUCUAUCCUAGAGCUGGAUACAUAGGGCCCAGUAGAACUUCAUGGUUUACCUGGAAAGAUGGUCAUAACCUGUAUCUGAGCUCUUUGGAUUGUUCUAUUUUAAUGCUGUAUUGGUAACAUUCCUUUUAUCUAGGAGCAACGGUAGAACAAAUUUUUUUUUUUAUAAUAAUAUUUUAACUGAAAGUUGCUCAAAGAAAAUAGAGAGAAGUAAUUUAUUUAAAAAUUAAUUUGCAGCCUACUUGGUAGCAGUCUACUCAGUGGUAGUCUGCUGAAAACCCGGCAGCUGUAAAUUUCUGGACUAUAAAUGAUGAUAAACCAAGGCUACACGUACAGUAUGUUAUGUACAUAUAAAGCACUAAAGUCACACUCCAUAUUCUUGUAUUGACUGUUACAUUUAAGACUUGCAUCUACAGUUCUCACCGCGCUCCUUUUCAAGUCAUGCUGCAUGGCUAGUGAGCAGUUCAUUCAGACACACAUUGCAUUGCUUUACAAAGAACUCCCUGACUUUCUGUACUUCUAAGCCACAUUCUAAUGUAGAAAGUCUUGGGGAGCAACACUGGUGUGACUUUCAAGGGGUGAUAUAUAAACAUUGGAACUGGCUGUUUCUUAGCCCCAUGCGAAGAGUAAAUUUAUGCCUACGUGCCUGCACUCUAGGACAUGAGUGGUGACCAUCAUGUUGCUCAAAGAGGCCUAUGCUGCCUUACCAAACCAAGUACAGUCUGCAGCAUACAUCUAAUCUAAGUGCUGAUGAGCCUUAUAGGCUACAUAUUUAAUAUUACUGUUCAGCGGUAGCGGUGGGUACUGCAGAUGCUGUUAGAAUGAUCUUGUGCUAUAUUUUGGGACCUUUAUUUAUAUCUCCACAUUGAUUUGCUGCUUUAUGAUCCUAGAAACCUUCCUAUUGGAUAGCGACCUCCCCAUGAUGGGGCAGAAGGCAGUGUAUUUGUAACAUGUGAGCGUGUGAACAAUUCUUAUGUUAUAUCUAUGUGAUUCCUGCACCCUCUUUCCCACAAACCCUGAAGAAGGACCACUGGAUGGUUCCAGUUUCCACCCCCCCCCCCACUGUCUUUUCCAAACAACAAUUAAUAGCAAAUCUGGUUUAGAAGUGGUCUUGAAAGGGUUAACUGCCAGCUGUCUGAGGUUUUUUUUUAAUAUUUGUAUAGCUUCUGGGGAGAUUCAGUGCCAAGAUGUUAUUGGGUUAUGAAGGGAAAUUGCUAAAGCACAACCAUUUAUCCAUAAAUUGAGUUUAGUGGCCCCAGCCCUAUCUAGAUGCCUUCACUUGUUACACAGGGCCCUAACAUGUAGUGUGUUUGUCUCACAUUUUGGGGUGUUGUUCCUCCCAGUGAAACUGUUAUGUUGUGUGCCUUACUGAGAGUAUCUUGGCAACCAUGUUUGAGAACAUACGGACAGACGUGAAUGAGUGAGCCAAUAAUAGUUUGUUUGUCCUGGGUAAUAAGUGGAGCAGAAAUUGAUUAUAUGUACUGGUUGCAGCAGGUACCCCACUUUUUUCCAUGUACAGAUGCCUGAAAUCGUUCCAUUGCUUCCAACUGGGAUGGCUGAUAUAUUUUCUCUGCUAACCACAAUGUAGUGGGGGCCGGACAAGGUUUAAUAAGAACUGUUUGUGCCGGUAUCUGUGAUUGUUACCUGUUCCACUCCUGGGGCUCCCCUUUUAACUGGACCUAUCACUAUACAAGGUUUUCUGCUCUCAGUUUUGGUUUGGCCCCAUGUAGGGUCUGGAGGGCUAGGCCUGAAAUGAGCUCAAUAUCUUGAAUUGUCUCAAUCUCCCACAGGGAGUGAAGGUUGGGGUGCAGCUGAUUUACAUUAAUCCUAUUGUAUGGUUUCUAUUGUAUAUACUAUCAGCUCCACUGUAUCACACCCUUGUACCCUUCUAAUACGGCUGCUAAUGGCGUUUUCAACUUCUGAACCCCUGUUAGCACAGAAAUGCACUGUAUUUGCACUCCCAGCUCCCUACUGUAUUGGGUUUAGUGCAGGGAGUUGCAGUCCCAAAGAACAUAGAGCUGUGACUUUAUGAACUGUACCUAAUGCCCCAGAUCACCAUUCAUGUCUUGCUGCAGGUUCCAGAUUAUCCAAUGACAAUCUUCACAAUGCUGAGUGGGGCUUUUGUACUGUAACUGUAACAAUACUUUCACUCCAUGAGUCUUAAUCCCCUUCAUUAAUGUCUGAGCUAAUUACUGGGUGUCUAUUUACUCUGGUAACGUUCCACUGAGCCCCUAGGCUGUCCUAUUCCUCCUAACUGUGACACUGCUUAGGGGUUCCAAGCAAGAGCAUGGGUGGCCUUUUAGCAAGCGGUUAGCCUUCCUCUGUAACAGGACAUGCUGAAAGUGUGUGUGCUCUUAUGUGGCCCCGAUGUGUGAGGUUUGGGGACCCCAUGCUACGAGUCAGACAGAGCCUUCAUUAUUUGUGCCACUGGAAACACUGUAUGUAAAUAUCUGAUAUUCCUAUGUAUUAUAGCGUAAUUUAUUUUAAUAUUUCGCAAUAAAAGAAGUUAAAGUAAA